AUGGAAGCUGAAGACAUGGAUGAAGAUUCAAUGUUACACAAAUUUAGAAAAACAUAUUCCAUGGAAGACAAAAUAGCGGACAUGAGCAAGAUGAUCAAGCAUAUCAAUGAGAAGCAGCGCAUCCGCAACGCCAGGAAACUUGGUUUAAAAGAAUCGUACUUUGAAACUGUUCUAGUCGUUAAAUCUGAGCAGUACCUGACGAGCGAUUUUAUUCACAUGGCGAAGAUGUUGGAGAAGCUUCAGACGCUGUUCUGUCCGGAGUGUCGCCUGUUGUCCCUAGCGUCUCAUCCGCCGCGGCCUGAGCAGUACACUCAAAACAACAACACACUCGUGGUUGACGCGUGGGGCCCGACCUUCAGCAGUUCCGCGAUAGGCUUCAACAGACGAACAUGGUACGAGAUUAAAUAUAGAAAGCAAGAAUUCUGUAGUUUCAACGACUCGAGCUGGGAUAACUCUCUAAGGUAUUUAGUUUCAACGACGCAGGAACAGAAGUUCCUCAUGCUUUCUCCUGAAGGGCCGAGAGCAUUUUCAACUAAAGGAUGUGGUGAAUUGAAUGGAACGGAAUGUUCUUUAGAUAGGAUAUUCUUAGAUAUUUUAGAGUUUUUGCCGACAAUCGAGGAGGGACUCUUUCCGGAGUAUUUUAAGCUGAAAGUUGGAGAAGCAGAAUUAAAUGGAACGAUAGAAGGGGUGGUGAGUGGGAAGAUGCUAGAGAUAAAGAAUUCUGUUUGUACAUCGCUAAUAGAGCCAGUGAGCCCGUAUUGA